AGAUGCUGCUGUUCUCCGUGCUCCGACUCCCAAGAUGAGCAGCGAGAAGGCAGGCUUGCUGGUGCUGCUCCUGGCCCUGGAGGGCCUCGCCAUGACCGGAGCCGCCAGGCAGCAUCUCAGGGCACAUCCACUCUCAGGUGCGGAGACCUCAUGGAAGCCCCGGGCUGCAGAUUAUGUCUUCAGCUCCUGCGACUUUGAUAGCGCCGACCGCCCCUUCUGCGACUGGACCCAGCCCCAGGACAGCCAUGGCAGCCUGUGGCUCCGAGAGCUCGGGCAGAAGCCUGGGAACAGCCCUGGCCCCCCCGAAGGAGACAUCGUACGGAGAGAGUAUUACAUCCACCCAGGAGACGGAGGGUCUGCGCGGUUGGAGAGCCCGGAUCUGGACCCGGCCGGGGCAGAGGUCUGCGUGCGAUUCCUCUAUUAUUUGUACUCCAACACCUGGAAAAGCCAGCUGGCGGUGGAGGUCCAGGAUGCUUCGGGCAACGCCGCCCCCUUGUGGACCCGGAAUGAAUCGCAGAGCUCCUCCUGGCUGAGCGGGGCUGUGACCGUUCCCGCCCAGGCUCAGCGCCCCUUCAAGGUUGUUUUCAGAGCCACGCAGGCCAAGGGACCAGACAUUGAAGUGGCUGUGGACUCCAUCUCAGUCCAGCUCGGCCCUUGUUCACCCUGCGUGACCAAAUGCGACUUCGAUGUUCCGGAGGACCUGUGUGGAUGGAACAACCAACAGGAGGGGGAUAUGAUUUGGGAGCAGUGGAGUGGUCCUACGGACGAGGCUGGCGUGGGGCCGGCGGAUGACUUCUCCAAGCCUGGAUUCGGCUCCUACAUGUUGCUCAAUUAUUACAACGGGGACGGAGGGAGUGGUGGAACCGCCUUUCUGAAGAGCCCCACUUUCAGUGCGCCGGGCAGAUGCCUCUCCCUUAGCUUCUACUACACUCUCCAUGGCAUCUCCGACGGAACGGCCCUGAAGGUCUACGCAGCUGCCCCAGGGGGAGAACUGGGGGUCCCGUUGCUGACUCUCAGAGGGGAGCAUGGUCCUCACUGGAGGCAGGAAACAGCUAACUAUACCGGGAGGGAGAACAUCCAGUUUGUCUUCGAAGGCACCCUUGCAAGGAAAACGGGCCUGGCAGUGGACAGCGUGGCGAUUUCUCCCUGUGAAGAGACUUUUGCCGCCUGCGACUUCAACGACAACACAGACCCUUUCUGUGGCUGGAGUGAGCCUGCGGAUAACAAUGUCCCCUGGAUACGGACAAACGAAAGCACCCCCACCGAAGAGACCGGCCCCCCUGGCGAUUAUCCCCACGGUGAGGGGUACUACAUCUUCGUGGAAGCUGGCUUCAUGAAGCCGGGCCAGUCCGUGCGCCUCUCCAGCCAGCCGUUCUGCGUGAACCAGGAGGCCUGCAUUGAAUUCUACUACCACAUGUACAGCCCGGUAGUAGUCGAGACCGAUCUCCGGGUCCUGCUGGAGGGCCCUUCAGGAACGGCUGUUCUUCUCUGGAGCCGUACGGGGACUCAGAGUUCCAGCUGGCUCUUUGGAUCGGUGACGGUGCCGUAUGGCAGGGCGCAGCCAAGCACGGUCACUUUCGAAGUUGUCAGAAGAAGCAAUCCCUACUUGGACGUGGCGUUGGACAACAUUUCAGUGCGCAGGGGCCGAUGUGCAGCGCCCCCAGCAACUCCUGUGCCUCCGAGUGCCUCCUCAACAGCUUCAUCAACCACUGGGGGACCGGUCGUGACUGGGCCACCCGAACAACCUACCGUCUCUCGGCCCACAACGGUCACCUCUUCCAGCCCCACAACGUCCAGUGCGUCCACCACCACCAAACCCACUGUCACCAAACCCCAUCCAACAACACUGAACUCCACAGAGGCCACAACUACUAUCAUACCCCAUAGCAGUGCCAGCCCUGGGCAAGGGAACCAAACCACCCCUGGGCUCCCCAGCAGCAGCCAAACACCAAGCCUUGACACCUCUAUCUCCACCGAGAGCAACACUGUUGCGUGCCCCCCAUGGCCUUCCAGCACUAGCCAGACCAGUCCCCCCAGCCCUGUCACCACCUCUGUGAGCACCACUACAUCAGUUAGCACCACCAGCCAAGGGACUGUUGUCCCCACCUAUCCGUCCAGCCCUACAGUUCCUCCCAGCAGCACCACCAUUGGCACCGCUGCCGGUGGAGGUGACCUGAGUCCAACCACACCUACAUCUGCCUCUUCCACAGUUCCUCCCAGCAGCACCACCAUCGCCGUCGGUGGAGGUGACCCGAGCCCAACCACGCCUACAUCUGCCUCUUCCACAGUUCCUCCCAGCAGCACCACCACCAGCGCCGUCGGUGGAGGUGACCCGAGCCCAACCACGCCUACAUCUGCCUCUUCCACAGUUCCUCCCAGCAGCACCACCACCAGCGCCGUCGGUGGAGGUGACCCGAGCCCAACCACGCCUACAUCUGCCUCUUCCACAGUUCCUCCCAGCAGCACCACCACCAGCGCCGUCGGUGGAGGUGACCCGAGCCCAACCACGCCUACAUCUGCCUCUUCCACAGUUCCUCCCAGCAGCACCACCACCAGCGCCGUCGGUGGAGGUGACCCGAGCCCAACCACGCCUACAUCUGCCUCUUCCACAGUUCCUCCCAGCAGCACCACCACCAGCGCCGUCGGUGGAGGUGACCCGAGCCCAACCACGCCUACAUCUGCCUCUUCCACAGUUCCUCCCAGCAGCACCACCACCACCAUUGCAGUUGGUGGAGGUGACCCGAGCCCAACCAGACCUACAUCUGCCUCUUCCACAGUUCCUCCCAGCAGCACCACCACCACCAUUGCAGUUGGUGGAGGUGACCCGAGCCCAACCACGCCUACAUCUGCCUCUUCCACAGUUCCUCCCAGCACCACCACCAUCGCCGUCGGUGGAGGUGACCCGAGCCCAACCACGCCUACAUCUGCCUCUUCCACCAGCAUAACUGGCCACGAUAGUAGCACCACUACAACUCCUGUCAGCUCUACUGCUCCCUCAUCCAGACCCCCCCCAGACCUCUCCAGCAGUGUGCACCCCAGCAGCCCCGCCACAGCUACCGUUCCAACCAUCCCUGUCCCCACCAGAACAGCCUCUACCCCCAAACCCACACCUACAUUGCAAUCUACCAGUGGCAUCUCCAGUCCGAGUACGCCACCUACCCCCAGCCCUACCCUCACCAGCUCUACCAGCUCUAAGAGUCCCCAGACCUCAGGUCCCACCACCACACAGUCCCUGCCCACUGAUCACGUUGGUACCCCCAAACCCACAACGAAGAGACCAGACCCUGACCGGACCACUCCUGAACAACCUCCAGAUCGGGCGCAGUGCGUAGUUUCUGGAGAUCCCCAUUAUACAACGUACGAUGGUCGCCUCUUCCAUUUCAUGGGUAACUGCACCUACCUGCUUACUGCGGUCUGCAAUGCCACGCCUGGCCAGCCCACCUUCCAGGUCCAGACAACCAACGAACACCGCGGGGGCAACACCCAGGUUUCCUACCUCAAGUCGGUCAGCAUAGCUGUCCACGGGACCCAGAUUGUGCUGCUGAAGGGGCGGAAAGUCACUGUGGAUGGAAAACGAGUGACCUUGCCUGUCUCUGUGGCCUCGGGGCUGGUGUCCGUGCGCCGGAGUGGCACUUUCGUUCUGGUCCAAGCGGAUUUCGGUCUCUUGGUGAGAUUUGAUGGGAACCACCACGCCGAAGUCUCUGUCCCAUCGUCCUAUUUUGGGAAGCUGUGCGGCCUUUGUGGGAACUUCAAUGGACAAGCCGCAGAUGACAACCUCAUGCCCAACGGGACCUCAGCGGGGACAGAUCCCAACCAACUUGGGGAGAGCUGGCAGGUGCCCAACGUAGGAGAUGCCAGCUGCACUAACUCCGGGGACCCUGGAGAAUGCGAUCCGGACGUUGCGGCUGAAGCUCAGGGACCCUCCAGCUGUGGGAUUCUCACAGAUCCCCAAGGCCCAUUUGCCCCAUGCCACGACAAGGUGCCUCCGCAGGGGGCGUUCCAGAGCUGCUUCUACGAUCUCUGUGGCACUGGAGGAGACACAGAGUUACUGUGCUCCUCCCUACAGUCCUACGCCGACCGCUGCGCCCAAGCCGGGGUCACCAUCGUCUGGAGGAACAGCACUUUCUGCCCCCUGAACUGUCCUCCCGGAAGCUCCUACACGCCCUGUGGGUCAGCCUGCCCGGCAACCUGCACGGAUCCAGAAUCCCAAGACAGCUGCCCUGACCUGCCCUGUGUGGAGGGCUGCGUUUGCGACCAGGGCUCUGUCCUCAGUGGAGACCAGUGUGUCCCACUCAGCCAAUGCGGCUGCACGGAUUCCAACGGGCACUACCAUGUGGCCGGUGACAGCUGGAUGGGAAACCUGGACUGUACCGAACGCUGUACUUGUGCUGCUGGCAACCAGAUCACCUGCGAGGAAUGGAGCUGUACCCCUGUCCAGGAGUGCCGGCCCGUGGAUGGCCUGCUGGGCUGCCAAGACAUAGGGGUGGCCACGUGCCACGUGGCUGGAGAUCCCCACUACUACACCUUUGAUGGCAAGAUGGUCUCCUUCAUGGGCACCUGCACCUACACCCUGGUGUCCCUGUGCCAGCACGACCCUCGCCUCCCAGCCUUCAACAUCACGGCCAAGAACGAGGAGCGUGGGCAGCCAGAGGCCUCCUACCUGCGCCUCGUGACGGUCCAGUUAAAGGGAGUUACCAUCACCCUGCAGAAGAGCCGGCGAGUGCUGAUUGAUGGCCAGCGCGUGCGAACACCCGUGGAGGGCCGCAUCCCCGGGGUCUCCAUCACUUCCAGGGGGAUCUAUGUAGUCCUGGAGACCAAUUUUGGGCUGAUGGUGAAGUUUGAUGGGAACCAUCACUUGGAGAUUCAGCUGCCUGGAAUGUAUUUUGGGAAGGUUUGUGGCAUGUGCGGUAACUUCAAUAACCAGAGCGCAGAUGACUAUCUGAUGCCGAAUGGGAACUUGGCUGCCAACGACACCCAGUUUGGGAAUAGUUGGAAAGCCCCCGGUGAUGCUGAUCCAGGCUGUCAGCCAGACGACCGUCUGGACUUGCACCCCAACUGCUCCCACCAAGAACUGGAGCGCCUUCACGUCUUGUGCCUGGAGAUCAUGGAGCCCAAGUACCAGUCUUGCCACUCCGUCAUCGACCCCAAGCUUUUCUUCCAGAACUGUCUUUAUGACAUGUGCGAGUACCAGGGAAUGACCUCUGUCCUCUGCGAUAACAUCCAAGCCUACGUGGAAGCGUGCAAAAGUCAAGGCGUGACCAACAUCUCCUGGAGAAACAGUACCUUCUGCCCUCUGCCGUGCCCUCCAAACAGCCACUACACCGAAUGCGCGCCUCCCUGCCCCUCCACGUGCUCCGACCUCUAUGCCCCCACCAACUGCCGUCACCCCACACCCUGCGUGGAGGGCUGUGCGUGUGACCGGGGCUACGUGCUCAGCGACUACACUUGCGUCCCAAUGCACAAGUGUGGAUGCCUGGACUCCGAACAGGAAUACCAUGAGUCUGGAGACACCUGGGUGACCAAUGACUGCCUGAAACGCUGCACCUGCCUGGGCGGGGGGGAGAUCAAGUGCCAGCCCUUCCAGUGCCUGCCAGGAUCCCAGUGCUCCAUUAGCACCGAGGGGCUGCGCUACUGCCGGCCGACCACCUUCCACCAGUGUGUGAUCUCGGGGGACCCCCACUACCGCACCUUCGACAAUUUUGUCCACCACUUCCAAGGGCGGUGCACCUACACCUUGACCCGCACGCUGGGCCGAGUGCCAGAGGCGCUGGAGCCCCUCUCGGUGGCGGGCAGGAACUAUCGCCGCUCGGCCCUCCAGCGCUUCUCCUUCCUGCGCGAGGUCUACAUCGAGGUGUUCGGCUACCGCAUCACCCUGAUGCAAGGGCGCAAGUUGGCGGUCAACGGUGUGAUGGUCACUCCUCCCUACUCCCCCCGGGACGGGCUCCAGAUCACCCAGAGGGGCCGCAGCCUGUUUGUGGAGACCAACUUUGGCUUCUCGGCCUCCUUUGAUGGGAAGAACGCUGCUGAGAUCGCCUUGCCCAGCACGUACCAGCAGCGCGUGGGGGGCCUCUGCGGGAAUUACGACGGGCGACGGAACAACGAGUACACGAAGCCAGACGGGACGCUGACCCGGUCGCUCAACGCCUUUGGCAACAGCUGGCAGGUUUCGGCACAGAGGAAGGCCCUGGAGGGAGGUGGCGAGGCCCUCCGCCCCGCCCGCAUCAGGCGUCAGGAGCCUGACGAAGAGCCCGAAUCGGGAUUCGAGGUAGACUGCACUCCAGAGCAGCUGGCCUUCGUGAGCGGGAGCACGGAGGGGCCCCCCGCCGGGCGGCCCCGGUCCCCCCCUGCCGGACCCUUCUCCGCCUGCCACAGCGUCGUGUCACCUGUCCCCUUCCAAGAGAGCUGCGUCUACGACCUGUGCGCGUUGUUCAACGACACGGAGCUGCUGUGCCAAGACUUCACGGCCUAUGCCCAGCUGUGCCAGGAGGAGGGGGUGGACCUGGGGCUGUGGAGGCAGAAGACCGGCUGCUCGAUGGUGUGCCCGGCCCAUACCAGCUACCAGCCCUGCAUGAGCGCCUGCCCUGCGAGCUGCGCCAACCUGGCUGCCUCUUCCGACUGCAAUGCCCCCUGCGUUGAGGGCUGUGCCAGCGCCCCGGGCUACGUCCUCAGCGGGCUGACCAGCGUCCCCUACAAUCAGUGCGGCUGCUCCAGCCACGGCCAGUACUACCAGAUCAACGACACGUUCAUGACAGAGGACUGUUCCCAGCGAUGCACCUGCCAGUUCACGGGGGUCUUGGAGUGCGCGUCAGCAGGAUGCGCCGAAGGGCAGAUCUGCGCAGUGGACAACUACGAGCGCGGCUGCUUCACAGAGAGCCCCUGCCUCAGCAACCCCUGCCAGAACGAGGGGACAUGCCAGCUCACCACUGGGGGGUUCCUCUGCCUCUGCCUCGAGGGCUACGUUGGACUCUUCUGUGAGGACGCCCCGCUGGACGGUUCGUCCCCACCGCCCCCCACCACCCCAUUGCCGGGUGCCAGCAGCACCUUCCCGGCCCUGCCAGAGGCCACCACGACCAAGAAGCCAGAGAUCAAUUUGAUGGCGAUCCUGCUUGGCGUCUUCAUUUCCCUGGCCAUCGUCCUCAUCCUCACGGUGAUCAUCGUCUGCAUCUGUCGGCGCAGAAGGAGGAAGAAGAUGGUGGAAGACCACAGGGCCAUCCUCUCAGCUCCAGGCUCAGAGGAGGUUUUGAACUCUUCCAGCAUCAAGAUGGCCCGCUUGUGAGGUCCGGACCCACUGGAAGAGCCUCUCCCUCUUCUGCAGCCCAAGCAAAGACCAGCCCCACCAGCUUCUCCUCUUCGGCAGGGCAGACUGCCAGAGGUCACAGCAGGGCUCCCCCGCACAAUCCCUGGAGCUGACGUACUUGGGAGGACAAUCAGAGGACCUUAGUCCCCACCCUACCUCACUUCUGCCCAACAACCUGCUCACCGUUGCAUCUACAAGCACAGCUCUGUCCAGGAUCUGUUGGGGGGUCUCUGCCAGCGCCCUCGCCUCCUGCACACCCCCGUCCCAGGGAAGGGCUUCUGUGCAAGUGUCUGGAACACUAAGGAAGCCUCCUAGGGAGGGAGGGAGGGAGGGAGGAAAGGAAUAAAGAGCUCCUUUUCCCGAC